ACAUUGACGAGAUAAAACACGGGCUAUCCUUGUUAUGCAUUAUAAACCCAUUCAUAUAACAUAAAAAUUAAUCGUAUUUGGGCAUUUCAGUAUCAUUUUUGCUAACUAUUUGAUCUGAAAUGUUACAGUAUCAAGCUCAGCUCUUAAUGAUGCUUUGUGUGGAGGUCAGAAAUUACUUAUAAAAUCAGCUGUCUAUAUCCCUGUGACUGCCCUUUAAGAUGCAAGAGGAUGAAUCUCAUAGUGACCCUCGCCAAGGUCUUCCAGACACAAAUGAGGAUCUAUCUCAGAAUGACCCUUGCCAAGGUCUACCAGACACAAACGCUACAUGUAUACCUCACAGUGCCUCGAGCGCUUCCUCCUACUUUGAUGACAAGGUUCAAAUUCCACAAACAGGAGAGGCGAGGUUCAGCCUACGCAAGUUAUGGGCCUUCACUGGACCAGGCUUUCUGAUGAGUAUAGCCUAUCUGGACCCUGGGAACAUUGAGUCUGACCUGAGAUCAGGGUCACUGGCACAGUUCAAGUUGCUAUGGUUACUGCUGUUGGCGACCUUUCUUGGCCUACUCAUGCAGCGUCUGUCUGCACGUCUGGGGGUGGUGACAGGCCUAUCCCUAGCGGAGGUUUGCUGUCGUCUCUACCGGAAGAUACCUAGAAUCCUCCUGUGGAUUAUGGUGGAGAUUGCAAUCAUUGGGUCUGACAUGCAAGAAGUCAUUGGAACUGCUAUUGCUUUCUACUUGCUGUCAAAUGGCAAGAUUCCCCUGUGGGGAGGUGUGCUCAUCACUAUAGCCGACACCUUCACCUUCCUGCUGCUGGACAAGUAUGGGCUGAGGAAGCUGGAAGCCUUCUUUGGCUUCCUUAUACUCAUUAUGGCCUUCACCUUUGGAUACGAGUAUGUAGUUGUGGCCCCUAACCAGGGUGAACUGUUAAAGGGCAUGUUUGUCCCUUACUGUGCCCACUGUGGGUCCAGUCAGCUGCUGCAGGCAGUGGGGGUUAUAGGGGCCAUCAUCAUGCCACACAACAUGUACCUGCACUCAGCGCUUGUGAAGACCCGUAAAGUCAACAGGAGUGACCAGCGAGAAGUGAGAGAAGCCAACUUCUAUUUCUUCAUUGAGGCUACCAUUGCUCUUUUUGUUUCCUUCCUAAUCAACGUGUUUGUAGUGUCUGUGUUCGCAGAAGGCUUAUAUGGCAAAACAUCAGCUCAAAUACAUGAAAGCUGUGUGGCAAGUGGCAAUCCUCAUGCUGAUGUAUUCAAUGUAACUAACAAUGAGGUGGAGGUGGACAUAUUUCGAGGGGGUGUCUUUCUUGGUUGUGAAUUCGGGCUGGCCGCAAUGUACAUUUGGGCAGUUGGGAUUUUUGCUGCAGGCCAGAGUUCCACCAUGACUGGAACAUACACUGGUCAGUUCGUGAUGGAGGGAUUUUUGGACCUGAAAUGGAAGCGCUGGCAGAGGGUUCUGAUGACACGCUCCAUUGCAAUCCUACCCACAAUCCUCCUGGCCGCAUUUAAAGGGGUCCUAGACCUCACAUACAUGAAUGAUCUACUCAACGUUGUGAUGAGUCUGCAGCUGCCCUUUGCCCUGCUCCCUGUCCUCACGUUCACCAGCUCACCAUCUGUCAUGGGAGUGUUUGUCAAUGGAAUUGUAAUGAAGGUGAUAGCGAGCCUCCUGACGGUGGUGGUGAUAGGCAUCAACAUGUUCUUCGUGGCUGUGUUUAUGCAGCAGCUGCCCAACCACUGGGCCGUGUAUCUGGGGGUUGCUCUGGGCGUCGCCCUGUAUCUCACAUUUGUAAUAUACUUGGCAUGGAUUUGUUUAGUGGCCAUGGGUUGCCAAUUCUUACAGAAGUUACCUUGUACCAGAUGUAUGACUACUGCAGUGCCGUACAGUUUCCAGUGCAGCGAAGAUAACCUCUCAAAUGAAAACAUCACUGAUCUCCCCUUGGAACAAAAUGACAACUAUGGUGCCAUCAUGGAAUAAAUUAUUUAACAUUAGACUAAGGUGGCAUCAGGUAAUAAUGUUAUGUAUGACUAUGAUGUCAUCAUGUUAUCAUAAGAGAAUGGUGGCAUUGUAAAACAAUGCAACGUCAAACUAUGGUGUCAUCAUGUAAUAAAUAAAUUUUACAUUAGAUUAUGCUGGAAUCAGAAAAUAAUAUUAUUUCAUGGUGACAUAGUGAAAAAUGAAAAAUGUACCCUCAGACUAUGGUUCUAUCAUGAAAUAAUGUAAGAUCACCCUAUGGUGCCAUCCUUAAAUAAUUUAACGGCAAGACUUUGGUGCAAUAUUUAAUGAUGUAACAUAAAACUAAGGUGCCAUUUUUAAAUACUGUAUAAUCAAACUAUGAUUACAAAAUACAAUUUAUGUAGCAUAAAACUAUGGUGCCAUGGUGUAAUAAUGCUACAACAAAAAAUGACGGCCAUCGUGAAAUAAUGUUACAUCAAACUAUGGUGCAUUUGCAGACCAAAUCGACUAUUCACUUUUCUUACCUCUAAAUUACUGUCUGGUGACCACAUAACACAGUUGGAAAUAACUUUUGGCAUUCGAGGCAUACAACAAGUGACCCCAUAACUCAGGUGACUGCUAAGUCAGGUUGGAUUUUUAAGUCAAAAUGUUCUUUGUAAUUUGUAAGUGUAUGCUGAUGUCUUAAAUGUCAUCGUGGAUCAAGUUGUACUGACAGCAAACUACAAAGAGCUUGAAAUCAUAUUCUGAUUGUUCAUGUUAUAGUAGCAUACAUACACCUACAUGUAGCCUGUAUGAGCUAAACAAUUAAUUAUAUUGAAGAGUUCAUUGUUUAUUGUAUGCUGGAUUUUACUUAACAUAAUAUUUUAAUAUUCAUAUGCUGUUAAUUGUUUUGUUCGCUUAUUGAAUCACUUUGUGAUAUUAUGCAUUCAGUUAACACGGACAUGUAGUAAGACAUGUUUGAGUCGCAACAUUUUUAAAAAACAGCAGUUGAUCUUAAUGAUGAUUUCAUCAUAACUGCAUGUCAAUACAAACAUCUCAUAAUUUUGGUUUUAUUGAUUUUAAUUAAUUCAUACAUUUUUAACGAUUUUAUUUUUUACAGUUGUCUUUCAUGUCUUUUGCUUAUGUACAUUCAGGUGCUGGCAAUUCUAUGCAAUUUAUGUAAUGUAUAUGCUUUUUUCAUUGCAUGUAUUAAAUUGUUUAUACUUUAUGUAUGACUUUACAUGUUUUUUUUUCAGUAAUGCCUUUGUUUGUUUUGGCAUGAGGUCUUUCAGUUCAAAUGUACUUGUUUUCAGUAUGUUUUGAAAAUCUGAAAUUAAUUGUGAUCAAAAUGUUACACUUAUUUAACUGACAUUGACUUAUAAAUUGGUUUAUACUCAGCGUUGCAGCCUUGUUUUAAACCAUCUUGUUUAUUAGUUUUGGGUAUAGAGUAACAGCAGGCAGUGUCAAAAAGGUUGUUUCAUGUGAGUAACUUAAGUUUGUAUUGACAAUAUUUGCUUAAAUUUUUAAAAAAGCAAACUUUGACGGAGAUCUAACAUUGGAUGAUAUUUUGGGCGUAUCAAAGCAAGGUCAUUGUAACUAAAAAUAUGAAAACAAUUUCAUCGAGAUAACUUGUUCGAUAGAGAUUUGAUCAAGGUCACUGUUUCUUAAUAAAAAAACGAAAGUUUUUCGCUUAAUAACUCUAGUUUGGAUAGCGGUACAGAGGUAUAGAAAUUGUGUGUGUAGCCUACAUGCAGACCUAGCUUUGGAUUGCAUAAUCACUUUCAAUGAAUUAACCCUUUGCAUGCUGGGAAAUUUGUCGUCUGAAAAAAUGUCGUCUGCUGAAUUUCUAAAAUUUAGCAUUUUCGUUGAUUUUUUCAAAGAAUGCUAUCAGAAUAGCAAACAGUUUUGAUCCUCAUCUGGAUCCAAACUGUUUGCAAAGGCCUUCAAAAUUCGGUUCCAGCACUGGAAGAAUUAAGAACUUUAAGGGGCCUUUUCACAGAUUUUGGCAUGUAUUGAAGUUUGUCAUUAAAUGCUUUAUAUUGAUAAAUGCAAACAUUGGAUCUAAAAAGCUUCAGUAAACAACAAGAAUAAAAUUAAAGAAAGAAAAGAGAAGUAACCCUCAACUGGGCUCGAACCAUUGACCCCUGGAGUAAAAGUCUAUCGCUUAGACCACUCGGCCAUCCGUUCUCAUACAAUGAGUAAUGUAUUUUAUACUUUAUAUAAGCAAUCCACAUAGUAUCCCAAACUCUUACGACAACAGAACUAUUCAAAUUAUUAAAUCAUUUUGCGUUGCAACGCUUCAUAAUUUUCAGGUUAUUAAAUCGUCAAAAGAUGCAUAUAAUGGAUAUUUUAGAGCAUGGUUAAGGUUCAGUAUUACUGUUUCCUCACAAAUAUAACUACAUUGUACUAUGAAAAUGUGCGAUUUUGAAACAUUUUUUAAAAUGUUGUCUAUAUACCAAAACGUGAAAAGGUCCCUUUAAAACAUUGAAAAUCUAGUUUUGUGGCGUUGCAAUUAUGUUCCUUGUUAAUAAUUUGCUUGAAUGUAACAUUCCGUUUGUUGCCUUGUACAUGUGUAUUUUAGCCAAUCCUUUGUUACAUUCCGAAAAUAUGUUUUCAUAUUAAAAUCAACAAACUUGGAAUGCUCUGAAGGACUUAAGCUACAAUGUCUCUGUUGAUCAUAAGGGGAUAUAAAUUGAUGGGUGCUGUAUUGUUAGCUAGGAAACACAUCUUUAACAUAACAAGUUUAAACUUAGUUUUUGACAUUUAACUCACCACAACAGUCCGAGAUAAAUAAUAUAAAAUACUUUGAAUAGAACAUUUUUAUUUAAGUAUAUUUAUAAUUUUUUGAUUAAUGAUUUUGAAGUAAUUUCACUGGAUAAAUUGAUAGUAACUCAGUUACUGAUGUGCAUAGCUUUUAAUCGGUUAUUCUGUCCAUCAAAGUCAGCACAAAUGUCAGUAUAAUGAACAAUUGUUCACAGAACUGGCAUCAUAUUUAGUUUUGGUCCUCUAGUUGUUAUGUGCAGAGGGCUUCAAAUUAAAAUAAAGUGCAAUAUACUCAAGCCAUUAUUGUUGCUUAUACAUAUAAUCAUAAAUUUCCCUCGUAAUAUAUACAUAGGUUUCAUAACUUUCACUUUUCUUACAACCACCUUCAGUUGUUUUCAUUAUUGUGUGCUACUGUUUAAUAUGGUAUAUUUGAAAUAUUUAUACUAAAUGUUUGCUUAUGCAUAUGAUACAUGUAUGUUUGAAGCAGAUAUAACUUUUUUUGUUUUAUAAAUUACUCAGAAUCUCAUUCUCAUUUCUCAGUUAUAAUAAUCUGGCAUAUCUUGUUUAAGUUCUCUAGUUGUAAGGUGCAGAUGCCUUCUAAAAAUCAAGUCAAUACUUUGUUGGUUAUACAUGUUUUAUCCUGUUUUAUCUCACUAUGGUAACAAACUUCUUAACUGUCACCUUUCUUAAAUUCUUAUUCCGUUAUUUUCAGUAUUGUGUGCUACUAUUUAACAUGAAAUGAUAUAUUUAAAAUAUAUUUAUACGACAAUUUGUAUUGGAGUCCAUUUUUUAUGUUUGAAGUGGAUGUAUAUUUUUAUAUCACGUUUCGUUUGUUGGCUUUUAUAAAUUUUUCAGAAUAUCAUUUUAUCAGGUUAAAGGUUUUGAAAUAAAUUUGUGAAAACAA